AUGGCGGAUUUGGAAGACUUCGAUUCUGCCCUGGAGAAAGCUCUUUCGGCGCUCGCUGGACUGGGAAUAUCGCUUAAAUUGCGAUCGGAACAAAAGCAAGCGGUCACGACCUUGUUGUCGAGGCAAGAUUUAUUAGCAGUUCUUCCAACAGGCUUUGGAAAAAGCCUUAUCUUUCAGUUGUUGGUGCGGGUGAAAGAAAUAUUGACAGGCAAACCUGCAUGUGUGAUCGUUGUUUGCCCUCUAAAAAGUAUUGUACACGAUCAAUUGUCCGAAGCAACUGCAAUGGGUUUAACGGCCACAUCACUUUCGGACGCCAGUUUAGACGAUGUAGAGAACGGCAAAUACCAGCUGAUCUUUGCAUCUGCAGAAGAAAUUUUGGAGAAGCCUUUCCUCGGUCGGCUCAAAAAGACCAACACGCCUCUACACCAGAAUCUUGCUGCACUGAUAGUCGAUGAGUCGCACACUGUAGAAACAUGGACGGGUCAAAGGUUUGUUUUUCUCCCUUGUUGUUCUCCUAGGAUGUGUUCGAUAAACUUGUGCUGUAAACAUGAAGAUAAAUUCAAUGUUCUCUUAAAUUACAGGGCAACAACUAAGAAACCCAGACAAAAGGCCACUGUUGCUUUCCGUGAGUCGUUCGGAAAGCUUGGGGAACUGCGAUCUUUUUUCAAUCAAGGUAAAGAUCAGUGUUUAUUUUAUCGCAUUUAGAAAGAAUUCAUUUACCUUUUCCUUCAAAUUAAUAAUAAUACAUACAGGAAUAGAACAUGCUUUUAAUAAGACCAUUCUUUUCUUAGUUACUACGACAGCUCCCAAUAUGUUAUAGUUACAAAUCCUGGAUUAUUUUAAGCUAAAAGUUUUUUGCAUAUUCUAAAUUUCUUUAAAUCCCUCAAAGUUACUGAAAAUAAUACGAUGCUAAGGUAUGAUGUAAGAGCUUACCAAAAUGAGAUCUUUGAUUUUUUUUCUUUGACGAUUUUCAGGAACAAAACAAAGAAUUUGUAAACCAAAAUUAACUAUAUGUAGGUGACCAAAGAUCACCAGCUCAUACCAAUAUAUUUAAAAUGCUCGAAGUAUUUGCAACACUUGCUUUCAUUGCAUGUGUGUAUGUGUGUUUACCUUGUUUUUAAAACGAGCUGGGUACAACAACUAUAUUGAGUUGAUCAUGUUUCCUUUCUCCCAAAGGCACACCUGUUGGAGCUCUAACAGGCACAGCAGAUACAGUAACACAAAAAACCAUCAUGAAUGUGCUUUGCUUGAGGUCAGAUGCCACCAAAAUAUAUGUAAGUCCAAACAGAGUGAACUUGAGAUUUAGUGUGAAGAAAGUAAAGAAAGAUGAGCAGCUGAAGGAACUGAAGUGGCUGGUGGAUUUAAUCAGAGAACUCAAAAACAAAUGUCCAAAGACAAUAGUGUUCUGCAACACUAUGAAUGAGAUUGCCCUAGUUGUUAACCAUUUAAUUUGUGAGCUUGGAAAAGAUGUUUUCUUGCCUGACUGUUCAGCAAAGCAAGAUAAUUGCUUAAUUGGAAUAUAUCAUUCAAAUUCCUGGCAGAGCAGUAAGGAUAGAGUAUUAAAGGAAUUUAAAGCAACCAAUGGAGCGAAACGCAUCCUUAUAGCUACAACUGCUCUUUGUAUGGGUGUGAACUUCCCUGAUGUGAGAUACAUCAUUAACUGGGGACCAGCAAGAUCUAUUCUUGAUCAACACCAAGAAGCAGGAAGGGCUGGAAGGGAUGGAGAGAAAUCUCAUAUUUUUGUUUUAUACCAUGGCCAGCAAGCCGCACAUUGUGAGCAAGAGGUCAAGGACUUUAUCAGGGCUAAAGGCUGUCUUCGGGUUGCAGCAUACCUUUCAUUGGAUGCAACAAUUAAACCACUUGAACCUUUGCAUGACUGUUGUUCUUUUUGCACUACAAUUUGCAUGUGUGCUGGUACAACUUGUACUGCUGAGGUUUUGCCUUUUGAGCACGUCAUACAAAGCAAUGACAACAAUGCUGCAGUUACUGAUGUCAGAGAGAGGGAAGUAACAGAAGGUGACCGCAAAACACUGGAGGAAGCACUGUAUGAGGUUCUUGCUGACAUGAGGCACAAAGGGCUAUCAUUAGAUGAAAGUUCGAGCCAUGGGUUUUCGAAAGAGCUCAUAGAGGAUAUUGUUAAUAACUGUCAACACAUCUUUACUGUUCAAGACUUGAUGAGCAAUUUUCCUGUCUUUUCAUUGUUAAAUUCUUUGAGGGUGUUGGAAGUUGUGCAGGAAGUGUUCAUGGAUAUUCCGAAGUUUGAGGAAACUUCUGCUUUGUACAACUUGAAUUCUAAUCUACAUGUACAGAACAACUCAAGAGUCAGUGAGUGGUUUGAUUUCAAUAAUAUUGAUUUGGGUUUUGAUAGUGACAGUGAUGAAAUGGUAGAACUUUGA